AUGGCUUUUUCAAAACAAUCACUCCACAUGGAAUGUCAAGGCAUAAAUUUUACUAUCUACCUAUAUUACAAGCAUUCCCAAGUGAUUUACAUGUAUAAAAUAUGA